CGUUUUAGAUAACUCUUUUUUCUCUUUAUUAAAAUGACGUCGUAUUGUUAUUUAUGCCGUCAUUACUCUAAUUCAUUUUAAAACCCUUAGGAAUGAAUAUAGAGAGAGAGAGAGAGAGAGAGGGGCUCGAGAGUUGUGUAAAAACCCUAAAAAGUGCGCAGCCUCCUCUGAAACCCUCCCUACAAAAGAAGAAGUGUUUUUGAUUCAAUCCUCCAAUCGAAAAAAUGGGUGGUUCCAAGCGAAAGAAGGGAGACAAUGGCGGAGAGGAGGGGAAACAGAUGAUUACGGAUUCGAGGUUUGCCAAGGCUCACACUGACCCCAGAUUCCGAAGCCUUCCGAGGCGUGAAUCCAAAGUCACAAUUGACUCUCGUUUCAAAGGAGUCCUCACCGACAAGGCUUCUGCUCCGGUCGAUAAGCGUGGCAAGCGUAGAAGACGGGGAAGUGCCAAGGAUUCCCUCAAAGAGUAUUAUCGUAUCGAUGUAGAAGAUGAGAAGAAGCAAAAGACCAAGGAGGAAGAUGAAUCUGAUGAGAGCGAGGGUGAAGAAGAGUUGAUGGCUCUGGAAGCUGAGGCCAGGCGGAGGAAAUCGGAGCAAGUAUCUGAAGAAGAUAGUAAGAUUCCUUUGAAACUGGCUUCCUCGGAUGAAGAAUCUGAUGAGAACGCAGACUCUGAAGACAAUGAGGAUGUAUCUGAAGAAGCAGAGGAUGAUACUGACGAGGACGAUGAUGCUAUGUAUGAUGACGACGAACCAGAAGUUGCUGGAGAGGAGGUAGCGAGUAUCGAGAAAGAAACUCACAGACUCGCUAUUGUCAACAUGGACUGGAGAUAUGUCUCUGCCAAAGACUUGUACGUUGUUUUAAAUUCGUUUCUCCCCAACGAUGGGCGCCUUUUGUCUGUUGCGGUCUAUCCAUCAGAGUUUGGACUUGAGCGAAUGAAAGAAGAGGAAAUCCAUGGCCCCGCUAUCGGUGGAGACAAGAAAAAUGAAGAUAACAGUGAUGAGGAGGAUGAAGAAGAAGAUGAAGACGUCAUCAAUGAGAGACUACGUGAUUACGAAAAAAGUAGAUUGAGGUACUAUUUUGCUGUUGCGGAAUGUGAUUCCAGUGCUACUGCUGAUCACUUGUACAAACAAUGUGAUGGUAUCGAGUUUGAGAGAUCCUCUAACAAGCUCGACUUGAGAUUUAUUCCUGACUCCAUGCAAUUCAAACAUCCACCUCGUGAUACUGCCACCGAGGCUCCUGCUACUUAUCAAGGUGUAGAUUUCCAUAGCCAAGCACUGCAGAUGAGUAGGGUUGAUGUUUCCUGGGAUGAAGAUGAGCCACACCGUGUGAGGACCUUAAAACAGGGAUUUAACCCUGAUCAGUUGGCAGACCUUGAGCUGAAGGAGUUUUUAGCUUCUGAUGAGAGUGAAUCUGAUGAUAGUGAUGAUGAUGGUGAUGAUGAUGAGGAAAAAAGGAAAGAAAAGUACCUAUCUUUGAUGGAAUCCGGAGAUGUUGAUUCUGAUAAAGACGAGGAUGAGGAGAAUGACCAGGAUAUGGUAGUAGAAUUCAAUACCGGGUUAGAAGAUCUGAGUAACAAAUUUCGUGAAAAGAAAGAAGAGAAGCCAGAAACGGUCUGGGAGGCACAACUGAGGAAGAUGCGGGAGAAGAAGAAAGCUAGGAGGAUGCAAAAGAAGGAUGGUGGUUCUUCAGAUGAUGAUUCUGAGGAUGACGACGACUAUAACGUUGAUCAUAAGAAGAAGAAGAAGAUGAUGAAUAAGAAUAAGAAGGGUUUAGAGGAGAAAUUAGCAGCGGACGAGAAAAGCUUGGCGGAGCUGGAGUUGAUAGUAGCUGAUGAGAAUGGUAAAGGUCUAAAAGGAUAUAACAUUAAAGGAAAAGGUAAAAAGAAAAGUAAAGAGAUGGCAGAAGAGAAGAUACCUUCGGCUGAUCCUGACGAUUCAAGAUUCUCAGUUGCAUUCACGGAUCCUAACUAUGCUCUAGACCCAACGAAUCCACAGUUUAAAAGGAGUGCGACGUAUGUUAAGCAAUUAACUCAGAAGCAAAAGCAAGAUCCAAGAAGCCAAGAAGAGCAAGUGAAAGAUGUGGAGACAAAGACUACAGAUGAUGGCACGGUGGGACCUUCUAAGAAAAGGAGUUUUGCAGAGUCUGCUACUGUCAAGUCGAUGAAGCUCAAGAUGCAGCAGAAGGGUUCGGAGAAGAAGAAAGAAGGGACUGCCGAGUUGGCUCAGCGAGUGAAGAACAAAGCCAAAGCUUUAUCAAAAAAAUAAUAAUGUCUUUUGUUUCCUUCAUUCACCUCAAUUUUGUUUAUCUUUUUAUUCAGAAUUCAUUGCACUGAUGUUUUGAAAUGUUAACAGUUUCAGUUUUGAUUCGACAUUCAAAUUGGAUAAUUUUUCA